UAUAUCUUCUUCCCGUGCCUUUGGCCCCGGUCCUGGCCCUUGCCCUUGCCACGGCCUGUAGAGAAGUAGAACUCCCCACAACAGAAUCCGUUAAAUGCAAGAUUAAUCCAAUUUUGUCUCUAUUCACCCCAAGAUUUAUUGUGACUCCAUAAAUUGGAAGCAAAAAUCAUCUCUAUCUAUCUCCUUGCUCCGGUUUCAAUAAAGAAAGGGCUUUGUCAUAUAAGCAAUUGAACUGGAGGUGAAUUUUGGCUGAUUCAGAUGCUGGGUCGAUCUCUGAAUUGGGGUUUCUAAAUUUGGAUGUUAUUGGUUUUGUGCUAGAAGGCUUGGGAGAAAUUUUUCCCCAAAAAAAAAAAACGAAAGGAAAAGAAAAAAUUUGUGUAAAGAGUGGUAGAAUUGUAAUUCAUUGUGAACCACUCUAUAAGCCCCAAAAAACAAAAACUAAGUGUGAGAGAGAGAGAGAGAGAAGGGAAAAGAUGUUAUUUCAACGAAUCCGCUGAAAAUUGGAAAGUGUAAAGCAAAGCAAUGGCUGGCCCUGGGUUUGGCAACCAGAGUAGCGGGCAACGACUUGGCAUUACCGAGCCAAUUUCAUGGAGUGGACCAACAGAAUAUGAUAUGAUCAAAACCCGUGAGCUUGAAAAGUUUUUAGCAGAUGUUGGGUUGUACGAGAGCCAGGAGGAAGCCAUCAGUAGGGAGGAAGUGCUUGGUAGACUUGACCAGAUUGUAAAGACAUGGGUGAAAAAUGUAAGCCGUGCCAAGGGUUUAAAUGAGCAGUUGGUGCAAGAAGCAAAUGCAAAGAUAUUUACCUUUGGCUCAUAUCGGCUUGGGGUGCAUGGUCCUGGGGCGGAUAUAGAUACACUCUGCGUGGGACCCAGACACGCAACAAGAGAUGACGAUUUUUUUGGUGAGCUACAGAGAAUGCUGUCAGAAAUGCCUGAAGUUUCAGAGCUGCAUCCUGUACCUGACGCUCAUGUCCCUGUGUUGAAAUUCAAAUUUAGUGGAAUUUCAAUAGACCUCCUUUAUGCAAAAUUGUCUCUAUGGGUUAUUCCAGAAGAUCUUGAUAUCUCACAAGAGUCAAUACUGCAGAAUGCUGAUGAGCAGACUGUACGCAGUCUGAACGGUUGUAGAGUUACUGAUCAGAUUUUACGAUUAGUGCCAAAUAUUCAGAACUUCCGCACAACAUUGAGAUGCAUGAGGUAUUGGGCCAAGCGUCGCGGUGUUUAUUCAAAUGUUGCAGGUUUCUUAGGUGGUAUAAAUUGGGCCUUGCUUGUUGCUCGCAUAUGCCAGCUUUAUCCUAAUGCAUUGCCAAACAUGUUAGUCUCACGGUUCUUCAGGGUCUACACACAGUGGCGCUGGCCUAAUCCAGUUAUGCUCUGCGAAAUUGAAGAUGGAUCACUUGGACUACCAGUUUGGGAUCCUAGAAGAAAUCCAAAGGACAGGUUCCACUUGAUGCCCAUAAUAACUCCUGCUUAUCCCUGCAUGAACUCUAGCUAUAAUGUAUCGUCAAGCACUCUGCGGAUUAUGACAAAUGAGUUUCAAAGGGGAAAUGAAAUAUGUGAGGUCAUGGAUGCAAACAAAUGCAACUGGGAUAAACUUUUUGAACUUUAUCCUUUCUUUGAGGCGUAUAAGAAUUAUCUGCAGAUAGAUGUUACUGCCGCAAAUGCUGCUGACUUGAUGAAUUGGAAGGGCUGGGUUGAAUCCCGCUUGCGGCAACUUACAUUAAAGAUUGAGAGGCAUACUCUUAACAUGCUUCAGUGCCAUCCACACCCAGGGGACUUCUCAGACAAAUCAAGACCAUUUUAUUGUUGUUACUUUAUGGGUCUCCAACGGAAACAAGGAGUGGCUGCCAAUGAGGGGGAGCAGUUUGAUAUUAGGUUGACUGUUGAGGAAUUCAAGCAUGCUGUUGGCAUGUAUAACACGUGGAAGCCUGGAAUGGAGAUCCGUGUAUGCCAUGUCAAACGUCGGAGCAUACCUGCAUUUGUGUUUCCCAGUGGGGUUCGGCCUCGUCCCACCAAAGUAGCUGGAGAAGGUAGGCGUCCUUCACAAACUAAAGUAUCCAGUCAUACUGAAGAUAGUUCUCUUCCGAAGGCAUUGAAUGGUGGGAGUAAAAGGAAAAGGGAUGAUACUGAUACAGCGACCAGUUUAAAUGCAAAACGUAUAGCUGGUGUGGGGGAAUCAGGUGAGCUAGUGCAUGAGGGUAGACCAUCUGGUUGCAUUGGUACUUCGUACUUGGGCAAUGCUAGUUUAGAAACGCCAGGAAAAAUUUUUAACGAGAAGGUUGAAGAUAAUAUGGGUAAUGGAUUAGAAAAUCCCAUUUGUCUGCCUCAGGCCUCUUCUCAAAAUGGUGGAGAAUCAGAUGCAUCUUUAAGGCUUGAUCCAUCUACACCUGCUGAUUCCAUUUCAUUAAGCUCCAAAGAAGCUGAAAAACUUGCAAUCGAAAAGAUGAUGUCUGGUCCAUAUGUUGCACACCAAACAUUCCCUCAAGAACUUGAUGAGCUUGAAGAUGAUCCUGAGUACAAAAAUCAGGGGAAAAUUACUGGUGGGAGCAUGAAAGGGAGCUCCAUGGAGUCCUCAGCUACAAAAGGGUCACUUAUAGUUUCUCUUACCACUAGCACAGCUGCUGGUUCUCGCUCCAGCUUGCAAUCGAGUGGGAAAUUAGAAGAACUUGAGCCACCUGAACUUCUGCCUCCAGCAUCCAGUCUGAAUUCAGCUACUUCAGCACCAAAGCCUGUUCUCAGGUUUAACUUCACCUCCUUGGCUAAGGCUACUGGCGAAAGCACUAAGACCUAAAGAUAUCCAUCUCCGGAAGAGAAGCUCCUUGAGAGGAGUUGUUCGUAUGUUGUAAAAAAUGAUGUGGAUUUCAGCAAAUCUUUUUCUCCUUUUGUAAUAAUAAUAAUAAUAAUUACUUUUACCUUA